AUGCUACUACCCUGUUAUCACCCCUCCUUCCCUCCUUUCCCUCCCUUUCCUCCCUCCACUCCCUCUUCUCAUCCCCUCUCCCAACAACCCUCACUCAUCUCCCGCGGCUGCACCCCCUGCGUCCAACCCUCUCCGGCCUUCGCUGGCAGUCAAGCUGUUCCGCAGGCGCUGGCGGCAUGGGGGCAGCUUGGGGGCGGCUGGCAGGCGUGGUCGGGCAGCAGUGACUGCUCAACCGUGCAGGGCGUCACAUGCAACGCUCAUGGCAAGGCAACGUUGUCUCCCUGGUACGUGAGGCAUGUGAGUGCUGCUCCAGCGCAUGUGAGUGCUGCUCCAGCGCAUGUGAGUGCUGCUCCAGCGCAUGUGAGUGCUGCUCCAGCGCAUGUGAGUGCUGCUCCAGCGCAUUGCUACUCAGCGCAUGUGAAUGCUGCUCCAGCGCAUGUGAGUGCUGCUCCAGCGCAUGUGAGUGCUGCUCCAGCGCAUGUGAGUGCUGCUCCAGCGCAUGUGAGUGCUGCUCCAGCGCAUGUGAGUGCUGCUCCAGCACAUGUGAGUGCUGCUCCAGCGCAUGUGAGUGCGGAACCAGCGCAUGUGAGUGCUACUCCAGCGCAUGUGAAUGCUGCUUCAGCGCAUGUGAGUGCUGCUCCAGCGCAUGUGAGUGCUGCUCCAGCGCAUGUGAGUGCUGCUCCAGUGCAUGUGAGUGCUGCUCCAGCGCAUGUGAGUGCUGCUCCAGCGCAUGUGAGUGCUGCUCCAGCACAUGUGAGUGCUACUCCAGCGCAUGUGAAUGCUGCUCCAGCGCAUGUGAGUGCUGCUCCAGCGCAUGUGAGUGCUACUCCAGCGCAUGUGAGUGCUGCUCCAGCGCAUGUGAGUGCUGCUCCAGCGCAUGUGAGUGCUGCUCCAGCGCAUAGCCACUGUAAAAGAGCUCCUGUUCAUGGUGCUGGUGGUGGGGUGGGUGUCAUGCAGCCCAUGUUCAUGGUGCUGUUGUUGCUCUCCCCUUCCCUCCCGCCAUCCCGUUCUCUCCCUCCCUCCAUUUCUCUUCAGCCCUCCCCUUCUCUCCCGCCCUCCAUGUCUCUCCUGCCCUCCCCCUCUCCCCUGCCCUCCCCUUCUCUCCCGCCCUUCCCUGCUCUACUGCCCUCCAGCCAACCCUCCAUUCAUUCUAUACCGCCCUCCACUUCGUCCAUACCCUUUGGACAACCCCUAACCAUGUCGUGCAUGAUCUUCGUCCCCGCCUUGUCCUGCGUGCGCGCAGGAGGGAAUCAGCGGGGCUUGGCAAAGGUUAAGAAGACCGACUGGAACGUCUCGAACUCCCACCGGAAGAACACCGAGUGGAUGACGGGUUUGCACCGAAAUGUGCGGUGGAUUAUCAAGGACCACUUCAGACGCCACACCCCCGUGUACAACACAGUCGUGCAGGGCUUCAAGUGGGGCAACCGUGGCCUGUAUGUUCACGAGUCAGGAUUUGAGGCGUUCAAGGGGACGGCCGCGCCUGACGAGGAGAAGGACUUGAAGGAGGAAGAGCAGGAGGUGUACGACGCGGAGGACUUGAAGACGGAUGACGAGGAGGAUGACGAGGAUCAGGAGGAGGACGAGGACGAGGAGGAGGAGGAGGAGGAGGAGGAGGAGGAGGAGGAGGAGGAGGAGGAGGAGGAGGAGGAGGAGGAUGAGGAGGAGGAGGAACAGUGGGGGCAGGAGCGGAGGAAGAGCAAAAGGCACAAGAGAUGCAAAAGCAGGGGAGGCAAGAGGGAUGAGCAAGAGGAUGAGGAGGAGGAAGAGGAAGAGGAUGUGAAACGGGGGGGGCGGGAGAUUAGGAAGGGCAGAAGGCAGAAGAGAGGGAAACUCAGGGGAGGCAGGGGGGAAGAGGAAGAGGGUGGGGAGGAGGAGGAGGGGGAGCAGGAGGAUGAAAAUCAUAGGGGGCAGGAGAGGAGGAAGGGCAGAAAGCACAAAAGAGGCAGAGGCAAGGGAAGCAGGAGGGAAGAGGAAGAGGAGGAAGAAGUGGAAGAGGAGGAAGAGGAUGAGGAUGAGGAAGAGGAGGAGGAUGUGGAACGGGGGGGGCGGGAGCUUAGGAAGGGCAGAAGGCAGAAGAGAGGGAAAAUCAGAGGAAGCAGGGGGGAAGAGGAAGAGGAUGAGGAGGAGGAGGAGGGGGAGCAGGAGGAUGAAAAUCAUAGGGGGCAGGAGAGGAGGAAGGGCAGAAAGCACAAAAGAGGCAGAGGCAAGGGAAGCAGGAGGGAAGAGGAAGAGGAGGAAGAAGUGGAAGAGGAGGAAGAGGAUGAGGAUGAGGAAGAGGAGGAGGAUGUGGAACGGGGGGGGCGGGAGCUUAGGAAGGGCAGAAGGCAGAAGAGAGGGAAAAUCAGAGGAAGCAGGGGGGAAGAGGAAGAGGAUGAGGAGGAGGAGGAGGGGAAGCAGGAGGAUGAAAAUCAUAGGGGGCAGGAGAGGAGGAAGGGCAGAAAGCACAAAAGGGGCAGAGGCAAGGGAAGCAGGAGGGAAGAGGAAGAGGAGGAAGAAGUGGAAGAGGAGGAAGAGGAUUAG